GAAAUCCUCCCAAUCCUCCAAAAAUACGGCAUCAACCGUCUGGACUCCGCCGCAAGUUACAUGAACGGAGAUUCCGAACGAAGGCUCGGCGAAGCAGGGAUUGGUGGAAGCAAGAAUUUCCAAAUCGAUACGAAAAUUUUGACAAAUUUCCCGGCGAAGGGGACGUUGACGACUGACAAGAUCAUCAAAAGUUCGAAAGAUUCGCUCGAGAGGUUGAAGAUUGAGAAGAUUAAUGUGUUGUAUGCGCACGCGCCGGAUUCUGAGACGCCGAUUAAGGAGCAGGUGAGGGGGUUUGAUGAGGUGUUUAAAGCGGGAGGGGUGAAUGCUGUGGGAGUGAGUAAUUUUAAGCCCGGGAUGGUUGAGGAGUGGUUGGAGGUUUCGGAGAAGGAAGGGUAUGUGAAGCCGAUGUGGUAUCAAGGGCAGUAUAAUCUUGUGGUGAGGAGUUAUGAAGAGGAUGUUUUUCCUUUGGUGAGGAGGGAAGGGAUGCAUUUUGCGGCGUAUUCGCCGCUUGCGGGAGGGUUUUUGAAUGGGAAUUUGAAGAGGAAUGGGGUGAGGACGGGACAGAGGUUCGUUGAGCAUCAGGCUAAGGAUAUGUAUACUGGUUUCUUUGAUCAGCCGUGCAUGUAUGAUGCUUGGGAUAAGUUGGAUGCUAUCGCGAAGGACACAGGCAUCUCACCGGAUGAACUUGGUCUGCGGUGGCUUUUACAUCAUUCGGCGUUGCAGGAUGGCGAUGUUUUGAUCCUUGGUGCUAGUAAGGUCUAUCAGAUCGAGGACUCGUUGGCGAAGUUGCAGAAGGGACCGCUGGAUGAGGCGACUGUCGAGCAGUUGGACGCGAUCAACACGUCUGAAGUGAAGGAGGCUGCU